UCCGAGAUGCUGUGGGAUGAUGCCCCGUGCUGGCAGUCAUUCUCAUCAUCAUAGUCAUUGCUAUUCUUCUCUUCAAGAGGAAACGAACAUCUCCAGCCAAGGAUGAGCACAUGGCGGGGGUCAAGGACUCACUGCUGGCCCACUCCUCAGACCCUGUGGAGAUGAGGCGACUCAACUAUCAGACACAAGGUUCCAGUGGCCUCAGUUGCCCGAAUACUCCAAGGAUGAGGGAACAUCCUCCCAUUGCCGUCUGCGACCUGGCGGACUACAUAGAGAGACUCAAGGCCAAUGACGGUCUUCGCUUCUCUCAGGAGUACGAGUCUAUUGAUCCAGGACAGCAGUUCACCUGGGAGCACUCCAACCUUGAAGUCAGCAAGCCAAAGAACCGCUAUGCAAAUGUGAUCGCCUACGACCACUCCAGGGUCAUCCUCACACCUGUGGAUGGGGUUCCAGGUAGCGACUACAUCAACGCCAACUACAUUGACGGCUACAGGAAGCAGAAUGCUUACAUCGCCACCCAGGGGCCGCUGCCGGAGACGCUGAGCGACUUCUGGAGGAUGGUGUGGGAGCAGAGGACCUGCACCAUCGUCAUGAUGACCCGUCUGGAGGAGAAGUCCCGGGUGAGCCUCCCAUGUUAA